GGAGAGAGGACGGUUAAAUGCUGAACAUGGAGGUGGAGCAUGGUGUCCUAAAAGUUUUAUUUCUCAAGAAUCUAGAGAAUAUUUGGAAAUAGAUCUUGGAGAAGAACAUUCUGUGACCGGAGUAAUUACUCAGGGUAGGUUUGCGAAUGGUCUGGGUCAGGAGUUUGCUGAAUAUUAUACCCUGGAGUACUGGAACCCUGGGAUGGAGGAGUAUAUCAAAUAUACUGGAGAUAAUGGAGAAAGCAUACUUCUCGGAAAUACGGAUACUUUUACAGAAUCCCGAGUUCUUCUUAAACCAUCAAUACUAGCAACCAAGGUGAGAAUAGUUCCAUAUAGUAAACAUAUGAGAACUGUUUGUAUGAGGAUAGAACUUCUGGGUUGUUCUCCUACUCCUAACCCUCUUCCAUUAGAGAACUCUGAUAGAACAAAGUUUCUUGGAAUAUUAAUCGGAGGACUGUUAACCUUGUCUGUUCUACUCCUGGGAGUUAUCCUGGUUCUACUUAAGAGAAGAGGAUUAAAGAGAUAUCCUAGUCUUAGUAGUGUAUCCAUAUCCAGCAGUAUACUGGAGAAAUAUUACGGAGAUGAACCUGAACCUGUUUACCAGGAACCUGGAGUAUAUUCAUCUCCAACCUUAUUCUCCGAGUAUUCUUCUCCUCUCUCACUUAUAUACUCUACACCCCAGAGUAUUUAUCAAGUUUAUCAAUCUCCCAGCAAUCUUAAUCAUUCAUUCACUGAUAUUUCCUACCUGGAGGAAUCAUCCGUAGAUUCAUCCUCAUCCUCCGGAGGAACUCCAAGACUGCCUCCGAUACCAAACUUUGAUGAAACUCUUUUGAUUCUGCCUCAUAUAUACGCAAACCAGUCUCAGAUAAAAUAUUAAUUCAGACUUAGAACAAACUUAAUCACGAGUCAUGUUUAUUGUAAAUUAUAAGAAAAUAUAUGAAUAAAGAAAUAAACCUAUUAUUGA